AUUACUUUUGGUUUAUCUCUUCUUUGCUUUACUUUCUCGCCACCUUUUCCUGUUGUUAUCUUUACCAAAUCCUUGUCUUGACUAUUUUGUGUGUUUUGGAAACUCACUGGAGAAGAGAACUGUCAAUGAUGGAGUGGAAUAAGCAGCCGCCACAACAGGCGGCGCAGCCGGAGGAAAUGAACGGAAACGGUGGUGGAAAUUUGAAUGUAAACAGCGGAGGGAUGUUUGUUAAAGUGAUGACCGACGAGCAAAUGGAAGUUCUACGAAAGCAGAUUGCAGUCUAUGCCUCCAUUUGCGAACAACUCGUUGAAUUGCACAAAUCCCUCACUUCCCAACACGAUCUUGCGGGAGCGAGAUUGGUAAAUCUAUAUUGUGAUCCUUUGGUGACAUCUGGAGGACAUAAAAUUACCGGCAGACAGAGAUGGACUCCAACUCCUGUGCAACUUCAGAUUCUUGAACGAAUAUUUGAUCAAGGAAAUGGAGCUCCAAGCAAGCAGAAGAUCAAAGAGAUAACAGCAGAAUUGUGCCAACACGGCCAAAUUUCUGAAACAAAUGUUUAUAAUUGGUUUCAGAACAGACGUGCUCGAUCCAAAAGGAAACAACAGGCUACACACACGAACAAUGCUGAAUCCGAAGUGGAGACGGAGGUUGAGUCUCCAAACGAAAAGAAAACGAAGCCUGAGGAUUUUCAACCUCCGCAUAUUGCAAGUUCAAGGGCGGCCGACGAUCUGUGCUUUCAAAACCCUGAGGCUAGUUCUGCUAUGCAUUCUAUGGAUCCCCGGGGCAGUAAGCCCGAACCCUUGUUGCCUCCGGAAGGCAGCUCAAAUCACACUGGGAAUUUUGGGCAAAUGUCCUUCUAUGGCUCUAUGUUAGCAAAUCCGACGUAUGACACGAUGAAAUUGCUUGGGAAUUUGACAAAUGCAGGGAUGGAUAAUUUGAUUGGAAAGAUGGAAGUUCCAGGAAACUAUAAUCCUUAUCUGCAACCAGAUGACUACAACAUGACAAGCUAGUAACCUAUUUCUCCCCUUAUAUUAUAUGUAUUUAACUCUGUUAAAUCGUUAUUGAAGACGAAUUAUGUUUUUGGAAAAAACCCAUGAUUGCACAUGAAAGAAGUAAUUUGUUAACCUAUUGUUUGGUACCACUUCCACCAUUGAAAUUGCUCUGUAGACUUGGUAAUUUUGCAGUUUGUGCUCACUCUUGGUCUGUUUCUGGGCUUUAAAGUUAAACAAAGCUUAUUUCCAUUCUUUCAA